AUGCCUAAAACUACGAAUCAUACCGACCAAUACAAUAAAGAAAAGUCACCGGUUAAAGAAAAUAAUGAUGACACCAUCGAUUUGGAUGAUGUGCUCCCAAAAAUCGGAGAAUUCGGAAUAUAUCAGAAGUUUCUAUUGUGGUUUGUGUGCUUGCCCGCCUGUUUGCCGUGUGGAUUCUGUGCAUUCAACCAACUCUUCAUGACAGACACUCCAGAUCACUGGUGCAGAGUACCUGAAUUGAGUAAUAUGACUGUAGAAAAUCGAAAAAUGUUGUCUAUUCCAAGGAAGGUAGAUGGAGAUAAUAAUACAGUUUUCGAAAACUGUGUCCGUUAUUCUGUAAAUUGGAAAAGUAUAUUAAGUAAUGGUGGAACAAUUAAAGUGAAUGAAAGUUGGCCUGUGGAGCCUUGUCUUGAUGGCUAUGAAUAUGAUACAUCUGAAGUGCAAUCUUCCAUUGUAAUUGAUUUCGAUUUAGUUUGUGAGUACGAUGUUUAUCCGACGCUUGGUUUAGUAGCACUAAAUAUCGGUGGACCAAUAGGAGUAUACUCUUUCGGUAUAUUGAAUGACAGAAUAGGGAGAAAAAAAUCCUUCUUCGCCUGUUUGUCAACACUUUUGCUUGGAAGCAUGAUGACAGCGUAUGCACAGGCAUAUUGGUUUUGGGUAUUGGCUAGGGUCAUCGUGGGUCUGACUAUUCCAGCAGUUUAUCAAAUACCUUUUAUAAUAUCUUUGGAACUAGCAGGACCUAAUUACCGAUCCUUUGUCACUGUAAUGACGUGCAUAUUUUACACUCUGGGUCUAAUUCUACUAUCCGGCGUAACUUAUAUGUUGCGUGAUUGGAAACAACUUGCACUAGCAACGUCAGUGCCAUUCUUCUUUUACUAUCUCUAUUGGUUCAUAUUACCUGAAUCUCCGCGCUGGUUACUUAUGAUGGAGAGAUUAGAAGAAGCAAAUAAAAUAUUACAAACAAUAGCAAGAAUUAAUGGUAAAGAAUUACCAGUGGAAUACACGGAAAAGAUUCAAAGACAAGUUUUAGAUCAAAAAGAACAUGGAUUAAAAGAAACAAAGGCACCUAGCGUUUUCGCUUUAUGCAAAACGCCUAAUUUAAGACUAAAAACUAUUUUAAUCACACUAAAUUGGUGUGCGUCAGAGAUGGUGUACGUAGGUUUAAGUUAUUAUGGACCCUCAAUGGGAAGCAACCAGUACAUGAGUUUUUUUCUCUCGUCCGCUGUAGAAAUUCCUAGUUAUAUUAUCUGCUGGAUUUUAAUGGAUAAAGUUGGGAGACGAUGGCCACUUUGUUUAUCGAUGGUCAUCAGUGGAAUUUUCUGUAUGAUCACAGUUCUCCUACCAAGCGAUGCGGAGACCGAGACUCUUGUACUCUAUUUAAUAUCAAAAUCACUUAUAUCUGCGUCAUUCUUGAUCAUAUACCCGUAUGCUGGUGAGCUGUACCCGACCGAACUGAGGGGUAUAGGCAUUGGGACGUCAGCUUACAUUGGUGGCUUGGGGCUGAUUGUAAUUCCAUUUAUAAACUAUUUGGGUACCAGCAAUCUAGUGUUGCCAUUAUUUCUAAUGGGUGCAUUGUCAGUGGUAGGUGGUAUCACAGCUCUACGACUACCAGAAACGUUGCAUUGUCCUUUGCCGCAAACAGCGGAGGAAGGUGAGGAAUUUGGAAAGGAUUGGACCUACAAAGACUGUUGCGCUUGUGGAGGACCCGGUGGCGUACCAGAGGCAGAUUCGUAUGAAAACUUGGAUCAAAUGGAACUAACACAGGCUCCGUUAAUGGAAGACACAUUAGACGAUUUACCGAUACGAAGAAGUUCAAUGAAAAAACUCGUGAGACAGGCGAGCACGUUGGAAACACAGAGGGACAUCGACGGAACAUUGAAAAUGACUUACUGGUUUUGA